GAGUAUACUAUACAAAUAAAAGUAAAACUAUAUCAAUUCUAAAUUAAAUGGUAACCCGCGUUGAAGCCGCGUUUUUACUUUGUGUUGAAAUUUAAUUUUGUCGUCUUCUCGAAAGUUGAUCUGUUUCCUAUGUGCGUGAAUUCGUGUUGCAAGUGUGUGAUGAUAUUAUGACGUUUUAAAUAAAAAUUAUAUGAGAUUAGUGUUAGUGCUGGCUUGAAAUUUUUAUUAUAUCGUAGGGUGGGCAGAGGAUGUCUAAGAAUAUGACCUAGUGCCACAUGACCGCGGCACACCCCUCACCGUACUCGCCGACCUGAUACGCACUCAUACAUACAUAUUCCAAGAUGGUGCCGCGUUGGUUACUUUUCUGCUGUGUGGUGUUGCUCGCGAGGCCGGUCCACCCUCAGGGCGCUCAGCAGUGCCCACCGCAGAACACUAUCACUCCCUGCAGCUGUACCGUUAAGAAGAACGGCCUUGAUAUCUUAUGCGAAUUUACUGAGCAACAACACAUACAAAAGGCAAUGAACACACUUCGAUCGAAGCCCAUGAUCAUAUUCUACUUAAAGCUGCGUCAUAACAAUCUAGCGAAGCUGCCUUCGUACAUUUUUCUGAGCCUUGAUAUCCGCCAUCUUACUGUUCAUAACAGUAGCUUAGCCGUUAUAGAGGACUCUUCGUUAAGCUCUAUUGGGAAUAAACUGACUCAACUCGACGUGUCUCAAAACAAUCUCGCGACGAUACCGACCUCAUCUUUUACGCAUCUUAAUCACUUACUUAUCCUGAACAUGAAUCACAAUAAGGUGACAGCAAUACAUAACAGGGCGUUCAUGGGCCUUGACACUUUAGAGAUCCUGACAUUGUACGAAAAUAGAAUAUCGGUUAUCGACGGCGAGGCUUUUAAGGGCUUGGAAAAGAAGUUAAAGCGCCUAAACCUGGGUGGAAACGAAUUGACAGUCGUACCGCAGAAAGCUGUUGCGUUACUCGAGAAUUUGAAGAAACUUGAAAUGCAGGAAAACCGCAUCACUUCUAUAUCUGAAGGAGAUUUUGCAGGUUUAAGGAAUCUAGACUCAUUGGGAUUAGCGCAUAAUCAACUGCGGGAGGUACCUGCUAAUGUGUUUUCUCAUUUGACAUUCCUCAACUCUUUGGAGCUCGAAGGCAAUCAAAUCCAACGUAUUGACGAGAAGGCGUUUGCUGGAUUGGAAGAAAACCUGCAAUACUUACGUCUCGGUGACAACCGUCUUCACGAGAUACCGUCUGAGGCUCUCCGACCCCUACAUCGCUUGCGUCAUCUGGACCUGCGCUCGAAUAAUAUCACUUACAUAAGCGAGGAUGCCUUCACUGGCUACGGAGAUUCCAUAACCUUCCUCAAUUUGCAGAAGAAUAUGAUUCACCAAUUACCUACAAUGGGUUUUGACAACUUGAACUCGCUGGAGACGCUUAAUCUGCAGAACAACAAAUUGCAGCAUAUCCCCGAGGAGAUCAUGGAGCCAAUACUUGAUACACUUCGAGUUGUCGAUAUAAUGGAUAAUCCACUGAUUUGUGACUGCGAUCUCGCAUGGUAUGAAUCUUGGCUUUCUGGACUCCGCGAUCGAGACGACGAGAUGAUGCAGAAAAAGCGUACGAUCUGCACCAUGGUUAGUGAGCACCGGGAGUAUAGCGUGGCUAAAAUACCUGUCGAGAAGAUGAACUGUAAAAGGAAACCUGGCUACGGAAGACCUUCAAGCGCCGUUAACAUUUGCCCUAUGAUGGUAACCAAUAUGGUCCUUCUCGUCAUCGUUAGAUGGCUUUAGAUAAAUUGGUUUACCGAAAAUAUAUUUUAGAAUCAUUACCAGAUGGUUCUGAGAGAGCAAACCCUUUUAGUUUCCCUAUUAAGUUCAACGAAAGGAAUGUCGAGUUAGCUGUGGCCGGAUGCCUUGAUAUGACCUUUCGUUUAUUAUAUUUCUUUGUAAUGUGAUGAAUUUGUAAAAACUAAACAUAUCAAUUUGGGCUGAAGAAAAAAUUGUAGAUUUUGGAAUGAACUUGUGAUAAGGAUGAUUUCUGAGGUGCGAUACACUAGGUAUAUUAAUUAGAAUACCUUUGAGUUAGGUAUGCCUUACUUUAGAGUAUUACCAGCCAGAUGUGGGCGAGAGUGAAAUAGUGGUUUGAAGUAUCUGAAAGAGUCGUCUUUAAAACUUUGUCAUUAUCGAGCUAAACAGUCUUGAGCGCGUCAAAAGCGAAAACAUUUCUGAAACUGACCUAAUAUUAAUAUAAACUUCUAAUAUUUUUUAUAAUUUACCCCUUGCCUUUACUAUGUAAUUCUACUCGUAUUAUAAUGUUCUAGUAAGCUUUUGCGCAUUUACCAUGUUGACUAUUCAAUGUUUAUCUCUAUAUUCAUAAGAACGCAAGAAUCUUAUAUAUAAUUUAGGAUUAUAAUUAUAAUUAAAAUUUUAAUGUGUUUCCACAUAUUUCCUUGAUAUAAUUCUACCUCUUGUUUAUGAAUUACGUUAGUUAAAUUAUUACCAAAUUAUAUUACUAACGCUAUGCGUUAGAUGAAGCCCUUGGAUGUUCGUUGUAGAUUAGUUAUAGAUGGUUAAGUGUUAGAUAUAAGGAAAUAUGCAGUUUAAUAGUUUUUUUUUUAAUUUAUAUUUUUAUAUAGUUUAUUAUUUUUUUAGCUCGGCUUCAGAAAUAUAAUUUAUUUUAAGGUAUGAAGUUAUUUUAAAUUAAAAUUAGUUUUGCAUGGUCGAGUUUUAUUGAUAUUUGUAUCUUUAUAGUCUUUACAUAAAGACAUGGUACGAUCAUUAGUUUAUUUGGUUAUAUUAAUAUCAGUUACGAUAUAUUUUGUAUAGAUUUUAUUAAAAUUUAUUAAUAGAGUAAUAAAUGUGACUCUAAGCUGUUUGCUAAAUGCUUGAUCGUGUUUAUUUUGCUUUUUUUUAUUUUACUUCCACGCAAACGCUCAAAUUUUAUUUAGAAACACGGUAACAAUGUAACUCAUUCGUUCUUGUAGUGUUCAUAUAUUUUACCUUACAACCUAUUUAUAUUUUAUAUUAUAAUGAAUGUGUGAUCAUAAUAAUUAUUUAAGUGAUAAAUGUAACCAAAAACAUAUCCCCUAGUCUGAAUUACAUAAGUAUAUUUAAGUAUGUUCGUAUAAUAUACAAAUGUUGCGAAUAAAAUUGAAGCUUUCUAUGUGAUAACCUUCUGUAAUGAAUUAUUUAAAUGUAUUGAAAUGAUAAAAAAAAUAUACCUUUCAAACCUCGACCUUUCAGAAUGUUUGUAAUGUAUGUUUAUAAAAAUGUUGAACGCGUGUACGACGCGAGAUUGAAUACCUAUUUUGUAUUCUUUAAAACGCGUUUACAUAUUUUAUAAAAAAAUAAAAUUAUAUACGUGGUAAUAAUAUGGAUGUGUCUAUUGCAGUUUAUAGAUGGUAUUUAUUCAAUAGGAUUAAGUAUUUAUUGCACAAUUAUAUAAUCCAUUAUGCACUUAUAGUUAUAUUGUAAUGAUAGCACGAAAAAAAAUGAUCGGAGUCGAAAAACCUGAUAAAUUAAGGACACCUUACCAUCCCAUGAUGAGUAUUUAAAAUGCUAUGUUAGAAAUAUAUUCAUAUACUAUAAUUAUUUAAAAAAUAUAAAUGUUGUAAUUAAUGUCGAUGUAAUUUCAAUUAGUUAUUGUACGCGGGGCAAAGCACGGUUUAAUCUUAUUUUACGCUCGAUGAAAGAUAUCUGAUGUCAUCAAAUUUAUGACGUCACGUCAUUAUCAAUGCGUCAUAGUCAUAUCCAACAAUAUUUGGAUGAAUAUAAGCUUGAAUAACCAUAAAAUCUGUAAACAAAUUAGACAUCUCUAAUAUUAGACUGUGCUUUUACGCGUGUAUAGUCUGCUAAUCAAGUUUACUAACUUAGCUAUAUUUAUGGUUAUAGGACGCAAGUUAAAUAUACCUACUCGAUUAAUGAAGAUAUUGAUUGCUAUGAUUCUUAUAGAAAUAAAUAAAUCGAACCAACAUCAAACAUAUCGUAAGGUUGAAUGUAACGCGUAAAGCAAUCUUCUCACAAAACCUAACAAUGCAUAUCAAUUUAGUAUUAAGACAUAUUAUAUCGUAAAAUGUUGUGUAUUUUACUGUUCUUCAUAUUUACUGUUAUUAAUCGUUGUUGUGUAUUCUGGACGCUUGGUAAUUCGAUGUUUUCAUCCGUAUAUCUUAGGUGUUCUUUGUGAAUGAAUAGUAUCGAAUUCGAGGUGUAUUAAUAGGAAUGACCGGUACGCAGUUUCGGUGAGCAAUAAUUUUAUAUGUAUUAAUAAUAUUUCAAUGGAUAAUCCUUUUAAUCUUUGAUGUUGUUGAUAUAAAUUUAAAAGACGUGUUCAUGAAGUUUAUAGUCACAUUUAUUAUUUAAGUUAAAUCUAAUACUGAAAUUUCGCUGUAAAGUUGUAUCAAAUUUUGAUUUUAAUAAAAAUAU